CAACCUCGUGGAAAAAACUGCGUCAGAAUGCGGUCCAAGUGGUCAAAAGCUCACGGGAUCCUUUUAAGAAAGUGGUCUAUUCCGUCCUCGGUGUGAGCAGUCUGAAUGAGAGUCAUUCGGAGUUGGCACGCAAUAUCGACGAUUUCCUGUGGAUCAAAUUGUCACAAGUCGCAUCACAGGGGUCCAGUACAGUGGACAGUCGUCGAUUGGACGAAACUUUCAACCUCGGUCAGCUGCAGACUUUGUUGUACGAGACCUACGGUAGGUGUCUCCAAUUUAGCAUAGCAGUAAUAUUUGCGUAUUAUUCAGUGCAUAAGAUAAUAUUUAUCGUUUGUACUUGA